AUGUCAAACGAUAAGAAAAUCAUAGGUUAUAGUGACAUAAGUACUAUAACCAUUCAAUAUGAAUUAACGAUUGACACCGGAAAUGCGCAGAACUUUUUAAACCUUGAAUCUGACAAUACAAAUAAAGUUUUGGUGCUUAAAUGCAAUUUCAACUGGUUGUUUUUAAAUAAGAAUUUUAGCGAUGUCAUUCUAAAAACUGCAUGUGAAAAGGAAAUUCCUGCGCAUACGGGUGUGCUGAGUAUCGCGAGUUCAGUAUUCAAAGACAUGUUUAACCGUAAUAUGUUGGAAAACAGAAGUAAAUCGGUGAAUUUGAUCGAUGUCAGUUAUGAAGCUGCAGUUGAGUCGCUGCGUUACAUCUACACAGGUGUUGUGGAGACCCAAGAAUUUUCUCUGACUUCUGAACUUUUGACGGCUGCAGACGAAUAUCAAAUUGAAGAAUUGAAAAAUGAGUGCGAAGAAAUAUUGAGCUCCAGUUUAUCCAUUGAAAAUGUUGUCAAGGCUCGCAAAAUUGCUGAUAAGUGUAGCGUGAAACAUUUGAAAAAGGAAGCAGUUGAUUUUAUCAAACGUAAUAUAAGCGGACCAUUGGACUAUGAUGAUAUAAGUAAUAUGAUUCUUGUUGAGUUGCUGAGAUACAUCUACACAGGUGGCGUUGAAACUCGUGAAGUCUCCUUGGUAAUUGAUCUUUUGACAGCUGCUGACAAGUAUCAAGUAAAUGAAUUGAAAAAUAAGUGUGAAGAAUUAUUGAACUCUAAUUUAUCUACUGAGAAUGCUUUGGAAAUUCUAAAAAUUGCUGAUAAAUAUGACAUGAAAAGUUUUAAAAAAAUAGCGACGGAUUUUAUAAAAUUGCAUAUUAUCGGACCUUCGAAUUCAGAUGAUUUAGGCAGCAAAAACCAAACCAGUGUCAAGUCCGUUUUUACGUUCCUGGAUGGGCUUGAAGGUUUCCAGCUCAACGAUGAUUUGAUUGCAACAGGUUCGCAAGUCUAG